UCCCCACCUCCCCUCAUCUUCUAUUUCUCUUUCGCUCCACACAGGAAAACAAAACAGUAUUAGCCUCCCACACAAAGAGGCUGGACACCUCUGCAGAUGAACAUUGAAGUGAAGUGGACAUUGCUGGUACACUGGCAGCAUUAUCAUUGACACUGCAACUCUGACAGCCAAGACAGCAAACCAACCAGUCAGCCAUGACAGCGGUCCCCUACCUUACCUCCAACGACCCUCUGUCAGCUGCCAUGACUUCUAAUCCCGUCUUGACCCUGGUCAUCCCCAUGACCCCGACCCCUUACCCCUGGAUGGAGGAGGAGCACAUGCAGAGGAAGAUAAUGCAAUCAGCUUAUGAUGACCUGGCCAAGCAGAGGAUGCAGCAGUCCAGGGCUUUGUGUUCAGAGGCCGGGCCAGGAGGUCUGAACUUGGGGAAGAAGAUCAGCAUACCCAAGGAUGUGAUGAUGGAGGAGUUGAACCUUCAGUCCAACCGUGGCUCCCGCAUGUUCCAGGAGAGACUGAAGAGGGUGGAGAGGUUCACUCUGGAGAACCAAGUCAACGACUUAUACAGCAAUAGCUUUCCAGAGCCCAUGCCUUCCCAGACAGUAGAAGAGCCCCAGGGGGGGAAGGAGAACCAGGCAUAUAUGAUGCCUGGCAAACACAGCCUGAUCACCACCCUACAGAAAACUGUGGCCAAGAAGGGCAGCCCCAAUGUCAUCGCCCCAGGCUACGGGAGCCCCUUGAAGGAGAUCCCCCGUGAGAAGUUCAACCUGACAACCAGGUCCUACUGUUCCCCCUGGAGGGAAGCCCUGGGUGACAGUGACAGGCUCCUGUUGACUCUCAGCACCCAGCUCCCACGGGGGGCCACACUACAGCCGGCCAACUACAGGUGUUUCAACAGAGCGGCCACACCUUUUGGAGGCCCACAGCAGCAGAGUAAGAGGGUGAUCCCAGUGAUGGGGUUCGAGCUGUUGGACUCACAGCACCUCCCUGGUACGACCCUGGACCGCAUGUGUAAACGGCCCAACUUCAACAGAGCACCACGGGGAUGGGGUCAUGACUACUCCCCUGAAUCCACCGACCUGUGAUUGGCCCACUGCUCACCUACGUCCUUCAAACUUCUGGUGACAUCAUAGGCUAAAAGACUGAAGCAUCAACCUGCUCUUAUUACCCAUCCUCAUCCCUCUGGAUUCAAAGAUGACCUAUCCGGAUUAGGAAGAAGUUGCCCCUAAAUACAGAUAUUUGCAUCUGUUUAAUAGUUAGGAUAAGGGUAGAUCUGUGGUUAGGGGCAACUUGUAACUCGAGUGAUCCCUGUUAUUGAGUCACUCCUCCUUUCUUUCAUCUUAAUGCCCUCUUACCCAUCCUCACUCCCCCAUUCACCUCACCACUUGCCUCCCUUCCCAUCCCCUGUUCACUCAUCCCUCCCUCUUUCAGACCCCCCCCCCUGUUUAUAAAGGACUGACAGUGUGAUCUUGAUUAAUGUAAAUGUAAAUGAUAGAGUACUUGUUUUAAUGGCAUAAGCGGACAAC